UAUUGAUUCUUGUGCCCAACUUUUCCCCUCUUUGCAUUUUCUUUAUUUGCCAUCAACACCAUCUUUGCGUUCUCCUGGAUCUUGUAUGCAACAUGUUUAUGCAUAAACAUAGACUAGUAUUAUUAAUUCAUCCAAUUUCAAUAUACCCAGUACCUCUAGCUGAAACACAAGCUUAAUAUGUACAGUGUGUGAGGCUAUGCACAAACCAUAAACCCCAUAAACUUGCCGAAGUUUGCUUUCGAGUGGAAUUGGUUAUUUUAUAGGGUGAUUAGUGGGAGGAUAUAUUGGCACUCGUUGUGCGUGCACAUACAUAAAAAGUCCAAGUCCGUUGGUAACAGAAAAGGUAUUUGGCGAAGAAUGCACAUGCAAUUAUAUUGUUGCAACUAUUUGCUCUAUCUAAAGUAGCAAAUUGAUGAUAAAAUCACAUGCCACAUUUAACAUGAAGAACUAUGUACACGGUUUGAAUGGUAAAAGGGCAAUUGCAGCGGAGAGACUUAUUUUGAGUAUAAUCGUAGGCGCCGCUUUUGGAUUCUUUGUUGGUGUCACAUAUCCAACUCUAACAUCAAAUAAGCACAAUGUUAGGGUGACAAGUCUCAGUAACAAUGUACUUUUGCCAACUCCAGAGUAUGCAACUUCAACUACAGAAUGUAAUGACACUGCACAAAGCCAAAACAUAACAGAUUCUACAGAGAUUUGGGUUCCAUCAAACCCAAGAGGAGCAGAAAGGUUGCCUCCUGAUAUUGUUGUUUCGGAAUCAGAUUUCUAUCUUCGGCGGUUAUGGGGAAUCCCCAGUGAGGACUUAGCAAGCAAACCAAAGUAUCUGGUGACAUUCACAGUAGGUUAUAACCAGAAGAAGAUCAUUGACGCUGCAGUGAAGAAGUUUUCAGACAAUUUUACCAUCCUUCUGUUUCACUACGACGGACGAACCUCCGAGUGGGAUGAAUUUGAGUGGUCAAAGAAUGUCAUUCAUGUGACUGCUAACGAACAGACAAAGUGGUGGUAUGCGAAAAGGUUUCUGCAUCCGGACAUUGUAUCACCAUAUGAUUAUAUAUUUAUCUGGGACGAAGACAUUGGCGUUGAUCAUUUUGAUGCUGAGGAAUACAUUAAACUUGUGAAGAAACAUGGACUGGAAAUUUCACAGCCGGCUUUGGAGUCCUACAAAGAUGUUGGGAUAACAUGGCAAAUGACAAGGCAGAUAAAAGGCUACAGCGAAGUUCACAAAGAAACAAAAGAGAGAGCAGGCUGGUGUUGGGACCUUCAUCAGCCUCCAUGUGCAGCAUUUGUGGAGAUCAUGGCACCUGUCUUCUCUAGAAAUGCAUGGCGCUGUGUGUGGCAUAUGAUUCAGAAUGACUUGGUCCAUGGUUGGGGUCUUGACUUCGCACUUCAAAGAUGUGUUGAGCCACCGGCAAUCGAGAAGAUUGGAGUCGUUGAUGCUCAACCGAUUGUUCAUCAAGGCAUACCUUCGCUUUCGGGGAACAUGGAUGAUGAGAAGUCUAAUCGGAGAGAGGUGAAAGAAAGGAGUAGAAGAGAGUGGAAAAUGUUUCAGGAUAGGAUAGAAAAUGCAGAGAAGACAUAUUAUGAGGAAUUUGGAGUAGGACCUUCUAAUUGCACAGCUCACCGAUCACACCACUAGUAUACAUAUAUCAUAUGUAGUACGGCCCCCAAUCUCCUGCAUUUUUUUGUACUUAGGCAGUGUUUGCAAAAGAUUAAAAAAAGCGCUUUUCAGCUUCUGGCUUAAAAAAAGUAGAAAUCAGUGUUUGCAAACUCCUACUUCUACUUAAAAAAAGCACUUUAAAGCCAAAAGCUGGAAGCUGGUAUUUGGCUGCUUCUAACUGCUUCUAGGGUUUUUUUUUGUAAAUAAAGCAAACCCCAAGGGCAUUAAUAAUGACAAAUUUAUUGAUCCAAAACCCAAAAAGCCCUUCUUCUUCCGCAUCCUCCAACGCUUUGCUGCAACUGUCU